AGUAUUGUUAGCCAUUUAUUACUUACUGUCUAUUAUUAUCUCAACAAAAAAAUUAUAGACAUUUUAUUAUUUGUUUUUUAGUUAAACAUAAGUUUGUCGGAAGUAUUGAAACAUUUUUUUAGGAUAUUUUUUAUUAUUAUACAUAACAACUGUUGUCUUGAAUUAAAUUAUCAUAUGAUAUAUACAAUUGAAGACAAAAUCAACAACUGAUCCCAUAUUUAGCGCCUCUGAAGAGAUGAAUUUCUUGAGAUCCAAUUCCCAGACGCCGACUACGGCGACCACUUUAUCGCCGCCACCGGCGCCCCAGUCGGACGUGCCGUGGCUUAUGAGUACCGGAGCUAAAGUGGUGUCCACUAUUGCGGGCAUAUUCGCCAUAUUUAUCGGUGUCUUAAGUUUGUUCACCAGUUUGUUGGGUCUGAACGCUACCUGUAUUCUGGCCGGCGGUCUAUUGGCAAUUGAGGGCACAUUUAUGAUAGUCUUGGAGGCGCCCUGUUUUUGCACGUACUUUCAACACGCGUACACUCCGUCCAGCUAUUUGGAGGCCAAACCUCAUUGGAUUAAAGCCACUGUCUAUCUCUUUUUUGCCGCCAUUCCCUUCUUCUUCUGUAUUGGUUUGACGACAUUUUUGUCGUGCGGUUUCAUAUUAAUCAGUUGUGGCCUAUACUUGAUGAUGGCUAUGGGCAGAAAGGCUUCAUUGGAUGAGAUGAGAGUCAACGCCAAUACAGUUGUAUCAGAAAAGCCGAGUGCAGUACUCGUCCAAAAUGAAGAGCUUCCCAAAGGCACAGACCCACCGCCAGCCUAUACAGCCUAUACCCCACAACAGUCCAACACAAUUAGCGGACCCUAUAACCAGUCCGUCCACUACUAAACAAUUUAAAUAAUCAGAGAUUAAUUUAUUUUAUAUAACUUUCUUUAAAAAAAACAUCUGUUUUGUGGCCUUCGUUUAACUAUUAAAAAAAACUUGUGAUUUUAAAUUUUAAUUUCUUAUAUAUUUAUAAUCCACAAUUACAACAUA